AUGCGUCGUCCGGUGAUGUCGGGACCGGGUAUCUACGAUCCGACAACGAUUUUGAACCGCAAUGAGUUGAGCGCUUCGCUUCGUGCUAGCUGGACUAAGCUGGCGUUUUAUCUCCUCUCAUUUUUCUAUUAUCUCUAUGCGUUGAUCUACACGUUGGUGACCUCGAGCAGCAGCUAG